AUGACUGCCAACAUACUCGGCGAAAAGAGCGAUCUUUUUAUGGAUGUUGAUAAUCUCGACUUCCUUAAGGAUUCAACUACGGAUAUCAACGAUGAGAGCUACAUGGACGAAGACAACUUCGGUAUUGAUGAGGUAAGUGGCGCAAUCGAGACUCAAUUCGAGGGCGAACAGCCAAUUAAAGAGCCUUUGAGUUCUUUCAGAGCAGAGGGGAAAGCUCUCCAGUUCCGUGUGGGACCAGUGCUUUCUCGCUCCCUUGGAUUCGUUUCUGGCAAAUGUCAAGACGCAUCAGAGAGUAAACUUUACACGCCCAACUUCCACGGUAUUGACACCACGGAAAACUACAAACAGUAUAUUAUGACCUGCUUUGAAAUAUACAAAAACUUAGGUGAGGACAGGUUCUUCUCUGUGCCUACGAUGGGACUAAUUAAUCAUUCAGCACCUAUGGAGCACUCACAAGCUGUUAACAUGGCCAUAGAUGCAAUGUCUGAUGAAUUGGAGGUUUUUUCGGGUACUCAAAAGCCAGCGCGCGCUGCUGAGCUCGAAGAAUGCCUUGCUAUCAUAAACUGUUCUAGGGCGCUUCAUUUUACCGAUGGUAAUGACAACGAGGAGGCCAAUUCUGCGGUUCUGAAGCAGCUAACACAAUGGGUGAACAGGGCUGAUGGGGAACCCUCUGAAGAAGCCGUUGCGGAGGCAUUUAGCGGCAGUGUUUCUUACAAGAGUCCGUUGUUUUGGCGCUUGGUCAAUCAGCUUCUUUUGAGAGGCCUCUUUGACCAAGCCAUUGGUGUCCUAGAGAGGUCCCAUUUGCUCAAAGAUAUCGAAAACACCUGUGAGAUCACUUUCAAUGUCCUUAAUGAUGCAAUUUCUCUAUUGAAGCAAUAUCCAUUUGAACUCGGAGAAGCGUUUCGGGAGUGGAAGGCGACCGCAUUACAAAUUUCCCAGUUCUUUGUAGACUCUACAACUAAUGUUGAUCCCGAGUUGCGGGAUUUCGUGUCUGAUAUGAUUUUGCUGAUGAGCGGUAAUCAAUCAAAGACCUUGCAAUACUCUAGAACAUGGUAUGAAUCAUUCUGUGGGCUCAUGUUAUUUUACAUCCCCACACUAGAAUUAACGGAGGAGUAUCUGCAAAUAUCAUUGAAAGCGCAUCCGCUGGACGUUUGCAACAACUGGGAACAAGCAUGUGUUUACGUUAUUCAAGGCAAGCUGUAUGCAGUACUGCCCAUACUUGAGUCCCUUGACUACUGCACGGCUGUAUUCUACUCUGCGAUAUGCGAGGCAAAAGGCCUGCUUGAAAACAGUAGCACCUUGAUGGCACAUUCUAACGGCUCUGAGGGUCUUGAGGGCGACCUUUUCUCAUCGAAUAAUAGCAUGGCAUGCUACCUGAUGCAUGAGUUCGCGCUGGAACUUUGCUGCUACGAGGACAAAAACUUGUGGUCGGUCGGCAUUGGGAUACUUGCCCUCUCGCCCAGUGACAACGACAGUGCCAAGAGGCUGGCAAUUGCGGAACUACUGCCGCAUUACCCGUUCCAAAAUAACGACGACAUUGAAUGGCUGCUCACGCUUUGUGCCAAGUGGAGGCUGCCUGAUGUGGCGAAGACGAUCUAUCGCAUAUUGGGUAACAAGGUGCUCUACGAAAACAACGUUAUUGAAGCCAUGACUAACUUUAGCAAGGCAGGAGAGUUCGAGUGGGUGAAACAUUACUCCUGGAUGAUCUUCGAGGCGUCUGCGAUGAAGGGCGCACCUCUCGAAGAUAUGAUCAUCGACGCGAUUGUAAGCGGAGAGGCAGAAACCGAAGUGGCACCCGAGAUUUUGGAAAGCGUCAUGACAAACGCUAUGAGGCAAACGUUGUCUCCUUACGCAGUUUUGUACCAGUUCUACCAGCAAAGAGUAGCACAUGACUGGGAGGGCGCUUUGUCGAGUCUGGUGAGCUUGUUGGAAUUCCGCUAUAUGCCCAAGCACUACAUUUCGCUGCUGGUUGCCCAGUUUCUCUACCCGACAUUCCUGAAAGACGAUACGGCAGCCAUCUCCGAGGAUAUGGUAAUAAGAAUUAUCAAAACGCUUGACAGGGUCAGCACGGACGAUAAGAGCGUAGCGCUGUACGAGGCGCUAAAGUCCGGUGAGGGCCGUGACGACGAAGGGCUGCCGAAGCAGCUGGGCGACCUUCUUCCACUCGUUAGGCAGCGGCUGAGCUACAAGAUAUGCCAGGAAUACAUGUCUGUAGCAUGA